AUGCGCGAAGAAGAAUUAGAAGUAGCCCUUAAGGUGGUAAUUGUGGGCAACGGUGGAGUAGGAAAAUCUAGCAUGAUCCAAAGAUACUGCAAAGGCACAUUUACAAAAGAUUACAAAAAGACGAUAGGUGUCGAUUUUCUGGAGCGACAAAUUGAAGUUGAUGGUGAAGAUGUGAGAUUAAUGUUAUGGGAUACAGCGGGCCAAGAAGAGUUCGAUGCCAUUACGAAGGCGUAUUACAGAGGAGCCCAAGCUUGCGUCCUCGCCUUUUCAACGACCGAUAGGGAUUCGUUCGAAGCGGCACACUCGUGGAAACUCAAAGUUGAAAAUGAAUGUGGUGAAAUUCCUACGGUAAUAGUUCAGAAUAAAAUAGAUCUAAUUGAGCACAGCGUUGUCAGCCCUGAAGAAGUUGAUUUAUUAGCCAGGGCAUUGGGCUGCAAAUUGAUCAGAACCUCCGUAAAAGAAGACGUAAAUGUAGCAGCCGUUUUUAGGCAUUUAGCCGCAAGAUGCCUUCAGGAAAUGCGAGAACCUCGCGAUGAUUAUUUUGUUGCUCCCAAUGGACAUCAUCCAGUUACGAUUAUAACCUUUCGCAACGAAAAAAAAAUCUACAACGUAACAAGUUUAUUUUCGCCAAAAACUAAAUACGUGGGAAUAUUUACGUUUCUAAUGUAUCUUUGCCAAAAAACUUCACCUCAUUUUAAUGAGGAUCAUUGUAUAGAUAAAUGGUGCCUUUAA